CACUGUCUAUUUCUCCAUGGAGGAGUGGGAGUAUUUAGAAGGACACAAGGAUCUCUACAAGGACGUCAUGAUGGACACACAUGAAGAGGAUGACAACGUACAACAUGAUCAGAUCACCAAUGAAAACAUCAAGGAUAUAAAUAUCGGUAUUAAAGAAGAGUAUAAAGAGGAGGAAGAUGAUGUGGUAGAGGAACCUUCAGAUGGACACAAGGAUAUUAUGGAUCCACCUAGUACCAGAAACCCACCAGAGAUAAAAGAAGAGAUAAAAGAAGAGAUAAAAGAGGAGGAUGAGGAGUGUAGUGUGAUAGAGAAGCUUUCUGAAGGACACAAGGAUAUGAUGGAGCCACCUAAUGACAGGACCCCCCUAGAGACAUGUCCCCAUCCUCUGUAUUCCCGGCAUUCCACACAGGAAGGUCACACCAUCCAUCACCAUCAUCAGAGUGGAAACCUGAGUGUUCCUGAUGUUCGAGAAGAGAUUAAAGAGGAGGAUGAAGUGAUGGAUGAGUCUGAGUUUCUCAAAUACUUGUUUGAUACCAAAAUGUUGGAGACAUUCUGCUUCAGCAAUCCACCAGAGAGAUGUCCCCGUCCUCUGUAUUCCCGGGAUUCCACACAGGAAGGUCACACCAUCCCUCACCAUCAUCAGAGUGGAAACCUGAAUGUUCCUACAGUUGAUGUUAAUGAAGAGAUACAAGAGAAGGAUGAUGACGGGGUGAUUGAGGAAGUUAACAAAGAUCUGUUCCAGGACACCAUGGUGGAGUCAUCCAGCCAUAGAGAUCCCCCAAAGAGGCCAAGACAUUCCAGGCAGGAGGAUCACAACUACGCAAGAUUUUAUCAGGGUGAAGAUCUGAUGAACACGGAAGUUGAAGGUGAAGUAGAAGAGACGUAUGUGAGGGAUGAUCAGCAGUCUAUGGAGGAGGCUGGAAUAACUGGGACAUUCAUAGAGGAGGACACUCCUACAGAGAUCAGCACAGGUGAGCCAUAAUAUAUUCUUCUCUUAUCUCUGCUCUAUUACUGCUC